AAGUAAUAAAAUAUGUAUGGUCAAAUUUAUCACUUUAGAACUGCGCCAUAAAAAAAUGUUAUGAUACUGUAGCGCCAUCCUGCUUGUGCCCCGACAACUAAAAUCAGUGUUUCUUGGUGUUUUUAUUGAACGUGAGGUGUUUGUGUUUUUUAUUCUCUUCUACAUGAUAAAAAUAAAGAAAAUGAACAUUCAUAUUCAAAAUAUGGUAAAAUGCAAGACAAAUACACGCGGCUAUUGAAGAGUUUAAAUUUUAACGAUAGCAAUACAAUUUUUUUCGUAUUCUAAAAGCCAAGUAAAUUUUCUAUAAAAAAUGUUGCACUCAACAUUCAUUUCUCAUAUUAUUCAGCUAUUACUUAUAAAAUUAGUUCCAUGAUUCAGAGUACAACAGUUAUUUACAAUACGUUUAAACGAGGUAAUAGUAAAUAUAAUUUAUAAUUCAGGCAUAUUCCAUAUGUAGAGUUUGAUCAAAUUUGAAAACUCUGUGUUCUUUUUUACCUGACCAAGUCUAUUGAAUUAUAGAGUACUGAAGAUGGCACAGGAAGCUACUAAUAAAUUAAUUAGAGAAGACUUUGACGCAGGUCCUUCGAGUUACACCGAAAUUAUUCCUGAUCUAUUCCUUGGAAAUCUAACAGCUGCUACAGAUAUUGAAUGGUUAAAAGAAACUAAAAUAAAUUACAUACUUACAGCAGAUUCUUGUCCUUUACCUAGGAAGAUCCAAGAGCUUUUGCCAAACUUGACUAUAAAAUAUAUUCAAGUUACAGACAUGCCACGAGAAGACCUUUUAACUCAUUUUGAAGAUUCUUACGAAUUUAUAGAUCAUGCUUUACAAUUAAAUGAUAAAAUAUUGGUACACUGUUAUUUUGGUGUCUCUAGAUCAGCUACAUUAGUUAUUGCAUAUUUAAUGAAAAAGUAUAAAAGGAGUUUCUCUGAUACAUUUGAAGAGAUCAAAGGAAAGAGGCGCUUUGUAGAGCCUAAUGCUGGUUUUUUAGCACAAUUGAAACUUUACGAAGAAAUGGGUUUCGGAGUAGACAAUACCAGUGUACAUUUCAAGAUGUAUAAAUUACAAAUUGCAGCAGACAAGGUGAGAAAGGCAAAGAUCUUACCACAAACUUGCACAGAAUUGAUCAAACCAGAUCCAGCUCUGGCUACAGUACAUCCAGAGCCAACAGUCUAUCGAUGUAAGAAGUGUCGAAGAAUCGUGGCUAGUGCCAGCAAUAUUUUGCCACAUUUACCAAGAGAAAAACAAAUCUGGAGACACAUCAGUUCAAAAAGAUCAUCCAAACAAUCAAAAGUUUCGCGCGAUCCCGUAGAACCGUCGAAAAGAGAAGAACAACAGUCUGUAGAAUUUUGUACUAAAAUACUGUUUGUGGAGCCCUUGGCUUGGAUGCCUGACAUAAUUCAUAAUGUCGAAGGGAAGUUAAAUUGUCCGAAAUGCGGUACAAAGUUAGGCUCUUUUAGUUGGAUAGCGGGCAGUCAAUGUCCAUGCGGUAGCAAAAUAGCACCAGCAUUUUAUUUGGUUCCUUCGAAAGUGGAUUGGAGCAAUGCCGUACAAAACGUGCAAGUAACUGUAUAAUAUUAAAAAUGUAUUUGUAAAUUUAAGGACUUUUGGACGGACGAUAUAUGUAUGUAUAUAUGUAUACAUAUAGACAUUUUUGAACCUUUUUACGUGGUUCUAGAUCGUUUAGCAUUCUAACGAAUAUAAUACGUGUGACCAAUAUUAUACGUAUGAAGAUUCGUAUUCUAAUUUCGUGCCAAUAUUGAUACAAUAUAUUAUGUACGUACAAGUAAUCGUUAUUUUCUGAUUGUAAUUUUAGAUGUUUCUUAUCGCGAUAAGUAAAAUAUCGUUCUUCCACGAUUCGAUUCUUAUAUUCGUAUAUCUUCCUUUUUGCUACGAUUAAUGUACCGAAUUUGUAGAUUAGAAUACCAAUGUAUGUAUAUAUAUAUUUCUUGUAUCAGUGAUAUAAUACAUUUACCAUUUUUAUCAUUUA